AAACACAACACAAUCACAUUUUUUGCACCAUCACCUUUAUUCAUUGCACCAUCACCUUUUUUACACCAUCAUCCCUUUUUCUCUACACAAAAACAAACUUCUUAUUCUCUUCUCCACAAAUAAUUGAGAGAAAAAAAAAAAUUAUACAAAUCUUCACAUUAUUGAAUUUCUCUGCAAAUUAUUAACUCACCUCAAUUCUCAAUUUCUCUUUAAAUUCACCUUUCAACCUCAAUUUAAUAACCCUUUUGUUUCAAUUCAAGAAACAAAGCAAAAUCAAGUAAAUUAGGGUUUUGCUUCUUCAAUUGAAUUCAACAGAAUUUGGGCAUAUUCUGUAAAGUUCAUUUUUUUUUCUGAAUUUUCAUUGCAUUUGAGCAUCUGGGUCGGAUUGAAAAUUCUUCACGGUCAUGCAUCAAGCUGUGGUGGAUCCAUUGUUGCCGCCGAAUUUGAGCUCCGACUCUGUUUCUCGGAGAUCGGCACCGGAGAAAGGGAGAUUUGGUGAUCUUAGAGGGUUGCAGUGGCGUAUAAAUCUUGGGGUUUUGCCAUCUUCUGUUUCAGCUACCAUUGAUGAUCUUCGUCGUGUUACUGCUGAUUGUAGAAGAAGGUAUGCCAGUUUGAGAAGGCGCCUCCUUGUUGAAGCCCCUAUUCCAAAGAAUGGAAGGAAUUCACCGACUCUUGAAAUGGACAAUCCACUUUCACAAAAUCCAGAUAGUACAUGGAGUCGCUUUUUCCGCAAUGCAGAACUGGAAAGAUUGGUUGAUCAGGAUUUGUCACGUUUAUACCCAGAACAUGGAAGUUAUUUCCAAACACCAGGGUGCCAAGGCAUGUUGAGACGGAUUUUAUUGCUAUGGUGUCUAAAGCAUCCAGACUGUGGUUAUAGACAAGGAAUGCAUGAAUUACUUGCUCCUUUUCUCUAUGUUCUCCAAGUUGAUUUGGAGCGCCUCUCAGAAGUUCGGAAGCUUUAUGAAGACCAUUUUACAGACAGAUUCGAUGGUCUUUUAUGUCAAGAGAAUGAUCUUACAUACAGCUUUGAUUUUAGGAAAUCUCCUGACAUGAUGGAGGAUGAAAUUGGCUCCCAUGGAAAUGCAUCAAAAGCCAAUAGUCUUGACGAACUUGAACCUGAGAUACAGUCCAUUGUAUUACUAAGUGAUGCAUAUGGAGCUGAAGGUGAACUCGGCAUUGUAUUGUCAGAGAAAUUCAUGGAACAUGAUGCUUACUGUAUGUUUGAUGCUUUAAUGAAGGGGGCCAAUGGUUCAGUUGCAAUGGCCGAUUUCUUCUCUACCUCUCCUGUACCUGGCUCCCAUACUGGCUUGCCUCCUGUCAUUGAAGCUUCUAUGGCAUUGUAUCAUUUGUUAUCUCUUGCUGAUUCUUCUCUUCAUAGCCAUCUUUUGGACCUUGAGGUUGAGCCACAGUACUUCUAUCUUCGAUGGUUGCGAGUUUUAUUUGGACGAGAAUUUUCACUUGACAAACUAUUAGUCAUUUGGGAUGAGAUCUUUGCAUCAGAUAAUAGCAAAGUGGAAAGUAGUGCUGAUGAAAACAUAGAUUACGGGUUCAGGAUCUUACAUUCACCUCGAGGAGCAUUUAUCUCCGCUAUUGCUGUAGCAAUGUUACUUCAUUUGAGAUCUUCUCUACUUGCAACUGAAAACCCUACAACCUGUCUCCAAAGAUUACUAAACUUCCCCGAAAACGUUACUAUUGAAAAACUACUACAGAAGGCUAAAACCUUGCAGGAUCUUGCUUUAAGUAUUGAUAUUUCAUCCCCGUCACUUUUGCUUGUAGGGUCUCAUUACCAAAGUAAAACAACAUCUACAAGAGCGGUUAGCCUUCCGUCUGAAUCUGUGUCUCCAAAAACUCCUCUGAAUUUUAUACCUGAUAGUUACUGGGAAGAAAAGUGGAGAGUUGCUCAAAAGGCCGAAGACCGUAAGCAAGAUGGUGUAGAAAAUCAGGUUCCGACUCGGAAGAAAGGAUGGACGGAAAAGAUGAAAUUACGUUUGAGAAGAACAGAAUCUGACCCACCUCCAUCAAGGGUUCUAAGCGGACAAAGGGGAUCUAAGCCAUCGUUUAGGCGCAGUUUGUUAGAAGAUCUGCGUAAAGCACUUGGCGCUGAGGAAAACACAGAACACGAGCAGCAUCAUGAUGAUAUCUUAAGCGAGCAGGAUAAUCUUUCUGAAGCAGUUGAAGUAGAGCAACAAGAAAGUAGCUGUAAUAGCGACAACAAUUCUGAUGAUAAUUGUCCGAGUGGAAAUUCUGGACAUGAGGAAGAAUCGUCUAUAUAUUCUGACUCUGCUAGUCCUCCUAAUGAGGCCAAUGAUCAUGAAAUCGCUUCAGAGAAAAACAGUGCUGCAUCUUUUUUAUCCCUAGAUGAAUGCAACGAAGCUUUAGAUACCAGUCCUAUUGAUUCACCCCUUCCACUCUCUGAUCCACCUGAGAACAUACCUCCAACAUCUGUGUGCAAUAAUAACGACCAAGGAAAUAAUCAAGGCAAUGAAACUUCAGAUACCAGUACAAGUGUUUCACCCUCUCCAAUCUCUGAUCCUUCUCAUAACUUACCUCAGACAUCAGGGUGCAAUAAUGAUGAUGAAGGAAGUUCAGCCACACAACCUAAAGACGGAAAACAGAAUAAAUUCCAGUGGUUUUGGAAGUUUGGACGGAACACCGUUGAGGCUAUCUCCGAGAAAGUAGGAGGUGGUGCUGCCGAAGCUACAAAGUCUGCCAACAUUAUUAGCAAUCAAAGUAAUUCACCGCCGCCAGCCUCACCUGCUGCUAAUGGACAUUGUAGUUCUGUUAGCGGCAGAGGAGAUUCCGUUGACCAAAAUGUGAUGGGCACUUUGAAGAAUAUCGGGCAGUCUAUGCUUGACCAUAUUCAGGUGAUUGAAUCUGUUUUCCAACAGGAUCGAGGCCAGGGAGCCUCAUCGGAGAACUUAUCUAAAAAUGUUCUUGUUGGAAAAGGGCAGGUUACUGCCAUGCAAGCUCUAAAGGAGCUUCGGAAAAUCAGCAAUCUUUUGUCUGAGAUGUGAAUCUUGUUUUGACAUAUGUAUAUACAUUUUUGUAAAUUACAAUUCUUUUGCCCCAAUAAAGAAAUGAGUUCCUUUUCUGCAUUCUUGUAUCACACCAAAGUUUUGCAAAUAUUCAGUAUUUCGCUGAGAUGAAUAUGUAAAAUGUAAAUACAUGCAUCCAGAUUUACAUAAAUCAAUAAAAUUAUGAUAA